AUGAAUGAUGAUGAUGAUGAUGAUGAUGAUGAUGAUGAUGAUGAUGAUGAUGAUGAUGAUGAUGAUGAUGAUGAUGAUGAUGAUGAUGAUGAUGAUGAUGAUGAUGAUGAUGAUGAUGAUGAUGAUGAUGAUGAUGAUGAUGAUGAUGAUGAUGAUGAUGAUGAUGAUGAUGAUGAUGAUGAUGAUGAUGAUGAUGAUGAUGAUGAUGAUGAUGAUGAUGAUGAUGAUGAUGAUGAUGAUGAUGAUGAUGAUGAUGAUGAUGAUGAUGAUGAUGAUGAUGAUGAUGAUGAUGAUGAUGAUGAUGAUGAUGAUGAUGAUGAUGAUGAUGAUGAUGAUGAUGAUGAUGAUGAUGAUGAUGAUGAUGAUGAUGAUGAUGAUGAUGAUGAUGAUGAUGAUGAUGAUGAUGAUGAUGAUGAUGAUGAUGAUGAUGAUGAUGAUGAUGAUGAUGAUGAUGAUGAUGAUGAUGAUGAUGAUGAUGAUGAUGAUGAUGAUGAUGAUGAUGAUGAUGAUGAUGAUGAUGAUGAUGAUGAUGAUGAUGAUGAUGAUGAUGAUGAUGAUGAUGAUGAUGAUGAUGAUGAUGAUGAUGAUGAUGAUGAUGAUGAUGAUGAUGAUGAUGAUGAUGAUGAUGAUGAUGAUGAUGAUGAUGAUGAUGAUGAUGAUGAUGAUGAUGAUGAUGAUGAUGAUGAUGAUGAUGAUGAUGAUGAUGAUGAUGAUGAUGAUGAUGAUGAUGAUGAUGAUGAUGAUGAUGAUGAUGAUGAUGAUGAUGAUGAUGAUGAUGAUGAUGAUGAUGAUGAUGAUGAUGAUGAUGAUGAUGAUGAUGAUGAUGAUGAUGAUGAUGAUGAUGAUGAUGAUGAUGAUGAUGAUGAUGAUGAUGAUGAUGAUGAUGAUGAUGAUGAUGAUGAUGAUGAUGAUGAUGAUGAUGAUGAUGAUGAUGAUGAUGAUGAUGAUGAUGAUGAUGAUGAUGAUGAUGAUGAUGAUGAUGAUGAUGAUGAUGAUGAUGAUGAUGAUGAUGAUGAUGAUGAUGAUGAUGAUGAUGAUGAUGAUGAUGAUGAUGAUGAUGAUGAUGAUGAUGAUGAUGAUGAUGAUGAUGAUGAUGAUGAUGAUGAUGAUGAUGAUGAUGAUGAUGAUGAUGAUGAUGAUGAUGAUGAUGAUGAUGAUGAUGAUGAUGAUGAUGAUGAUGAUGAUGAUGAUGAUGAUGAUGAUGAUGAUGAUGAUGAUGAUGAUGAUGAUGAUGAUGAUGAUGAUGAUGAUGAUGAUGAUGAUGAUGAUGAUGAUGAUGAUGAUGAUGAUGAUGAUGAUGAUGAUGAUGAUGAUGAUGAUGAUGAUGAUGAUGAUGAUGAUGAUGAUGAUGAUGAUGAUGAUGAUGAUGAUGAUGAUGAUGAUGAUGAUGAUGAUGAUGAUGAUGAUGAUGAUGAUGAUGAUGAUGAUGAUGAUGAUGAUGAUGAUGAUGAUGAUGAUGAUGAUGAUGAUGAUGAUGAUGAUGAUGAUGAUGAUGAUGAUGAUGAUGAUGAUGAUGAUGAUGAUGAUGAUGAUGAUGAUGAUGAUGAUGAUGAUGAUGAUGAUGAUGAUGAUGAUGAUGAUGAUGAUGAUGAUGAUGAUGAUGAUGAUGAUGAUGAUGAUGAUGAUGAUGAUGAUGAUGAUGAUGAUGAUGAUGAUGAUGAUGAUGAUGAUGAUGAUGAUGAUGAUGAUGAUGAUGAUGAUGAUGAUGAUGAUGAUGAUGAUGAUGAUGAUGAUGAUGAUGAUGAUGAUGAUGAUGAUGAUGAUGAUGAUGAUGAUGAUGAUGAUGAUGAUGAUGAUGAUGAUGAUGAUGAUGAUGAUGAUGAUGAUGAUGAUGAUGAUGAUGAUGAUGAUGAUGAUGAUGAUGAUGAUGUGAAGGAUAACUGA